ACCAGUUACCGCGCCGCGCCGAUCCACGCCGCGCGCCCCUUCUUCCAUUCCAUCACUCAGUUCGUUUCUUUCACGUUCGUUCGUUCAGUCAGUCAGUCACUCGACGACAGCCACGCGGAGUGGACGUUUGACGAAUGUUUACACCCGGCAUUCACGCGGACAACUAGGUCAAGUUUUACGGCAAUCAAAUUAGGAUUGAAGCCGGCAGAUUUCAUCUUUGUGCUGUGAAUUAAAGUGAUAAUUGUGACAGUGAUUUUAAAAUAUUCUUAGUGAACUUGAGAACAAGCGGCGUCUUUUGAUGUGUGCGGGAUGCGUGCGUGAGCGCAGCGCAUGACGUGCUACGAGACGUUGAAAGCUCCGGCAUUUGCCGCGGACGCCCCCAUGGCACACCACUUCGUCAAGUGGUGGCGCAACAAGUUUAGAAAUGGAUACAAGAAAUUCAGCAUCGGCGAAAGCGAGCGGACAGACACGGAGGAGCUUGUCGGUCGAGCAGCCUCGCAAUGCUCAGCGCCGCCGGACCUUCUGCCGAGCGAGGCACGAGCGCUCCUGCAGCCGGCCACGCCGCCGCCGCAUCGACAUCACCAAGAACCAAAACCCCCAACACCUCCACCUGUUCAAAGCGAAGACAAGCCAAGACUGAGAUUCGAGGAAUUGACAUGUGACGUCGAGCUCCAGCAUCCAGAAUCAUCGAAGCAAAAACCAGUUCAGUUCUCCUUCACUCUUUACGAUCUUGACGGGCACGGACGCAUGACUAAGGAUGAUAUUGCUGGCAUUGUGUCUACGAUAUACGAGUCAAUCGGGAAAUCGGUCACGGUCCCCCACUAUGGCUCAAAGACAAUACAAGUAAAAUUGACAGUCGUACCUGAGGAUGGUAAUGCUCGUAGCCAUAGGGACAGGCGGGAAGGCCGGAGAAGACGUAGAAGAGAGGCCACGACUACGAAUCAACCCGAAGAACAUGAGCAAAGUGAGGAAGAGCACAGAGAGAGAUCUCCAGAUGACGACGUUUCAUCAAAAUCGUCGUGUUCAGACGACCGUAGACCAGUCCAACGCCCGCCUCCCCCUCAACCCACUAGAACUCACCGAUACCACCGCAAAGAACAUCGUGAACGCAAACACACGAAAAAACGCUCCGGCAGUUUACAAAGACGUGAACUGUUUGAAAUCAUCCAGGCUAACAUGGAAAAGAACCACCUGAGUUUUCAGUCCUCCAGAAAGCCCUGUGAAUCCGUUGCCAAUGAGGAAGAGAUAACAAUGAAAUAUCAAAAGCUUCGAAACAGAUCGUACACGAUCAGCGAGAAACCGACGAAAACAUUCCACACCGGCAAGUCUGAUAAAUCUGGACAUGGAUAUUUGGACCUGGCGUGCGGAGGCGAUUCCAACUUGUGCCGAUACGAUCGGUAUCUUCAUGCGGUCAUAUGCUCGUCUGCGAGGCAUGCGCACACUGGUUUUCAUCAAAAGCAAGCGCAGACGCAAACUCCGCGGUCGCACCGGGGCCACGCGCACCCUCGAUCCCGCUCCCACGAUCUACCCACCCAAAUGCAGACAUCACAACAACCCAGAGUACUACAGAUAAUAUUUUUAUAGAACUGUGCUAUGGGCGACGACGUUGUCCUCAUAGCUUGUUAAAUGUUUCGUGGAACAAAUGAAUAGUGAGUUACCAAGUGUUGUAGUGGUGAAUGUACGUGACUAUUGUCAAUGAACAUGAUAGAGAGUAAGGGUAGUUAAUUUACACGAAUAACGGUGUAGUCAAUAAUCAGUAUUUAUAAUAAAGUCUAAAGUUGGUGUAUAAUUUUGACACGCAACUAUUACUACGAUCUGUAGUGAAAACAUAUAAAAUGUAAAAGAAGAAAUCAUCAUAUAAUUAGUAAAAAAUGUAAGACGUCAGUGACAUUUAUACGAAAAGGUGCCUUAAAAAUAGGUGGUAUUCUUAAGCUUUUAUUGUUCUUUGGAGUAAUUUAGUUGCUAGUUAUCAAUGCUCAGUAGAUUAUGUACCUUUUUAAACGACUCAUUUUCGAGUUGACCGACUGAUUUUAGUUUUAAGUGUUAGAUGCUCUAAAGACUAAAGUUUAUUGGAUCGUUAUAAUACGAAUAGGUUGACGUUACAUUUUGAGAGCGCGUUUACUUUGCGGCUUUGCCUAAGUAAGAAUAAGUUUAGUGUUAAAGACAACACGUACGAUAUGCGCGAUCUUGUUACGAAUCGCCUAAUAUCAAAAUGACUGUUUGGUACUUAAGCCUGUGGGUGUCUCUCGCACUUGCUAAUAAAAUGCAUUUUUGAAUGAGACUUUAUUGCUCUAGUUAUGCACUUCAAUUACCUGUAUCAGUAUUUAUUUUUCUAAGUAAUCGAUAAAUCUCUUCAAAUUGUUGCAUCUUAUCUACCUCCUUAACUUCUUAGUACAUAAAAUCAGCUGAAUCCUAACUUUAGCAUAAGUUCUUUUGUGAUAAUUUGGAACUAACAUGUAUUGCAACUUGAACUUACUUGAAUUGAAGUUCUAUAUGAUGUUCAGUUUGUUAAUGUAAGGUGUAUAGUGUACAAAGUGCUCGAUCUUGUCAAAAUAUUUAUUGUCAAAUAUAAAAUAUAACCAUAAAAUGAGAUUUGUAUAACAUACAAA